UUUAGAGUGUUUUUUAUGUUUGUUUCUUUGUUGUUGUUUUUCCCUCCAAGUGGAACUCUACGUGUGUGGGAGCUGGAUUUACUCAACAGAAAGAUCCGGCCCACAGAAUGUCAGACUGGACUGCUUAAGAGAAUUGUCAAAUGCCUUGAGAUCCCAAAUGAUGAUAAUUAUUUAUACUGUGGAACUACAAGUGGGGAUAUUCUGAAAGUGAACCUGAAGACUAGGUUGCUCAACAGCUGUGGACCUGUUAAACAAAAGUUCAGCAAGGGAGUGAACACUCUUAAAGUCUUGAAGACCGGUGAUAUUUUAGUUGGAUCAGGAGAUGGGAUGUUGACUUUGUGCUCAGGAGGGAAUUUCAAAACCAUAAAGAGUGUUCAGUUGGAGGGAGGGGUGACGUCAGUAGCUCUGCGCGGAGACGGGCAUCAGUUCUUCGUUGGGACAGAGAUGGCACAGAUCUACAGUUUAAGCUACACUGACUUCAAACCAGAGCUCAUUGCUACAAAUCAUAACAGUUCUGUAAAGGAUGUGGCCUUUCCUUUUGGGACGUCAGAGCUCUUUGCCACCUGUUCACAGAAUGAUAUAAGAGUGUGGCAUACUGAGUCCUCCAAGGAACUACUGCGUAUCACAGUGCCCAACAUAACAUGCAACGCUCUGGGCUUUAUGCAAGAUGGCCGGAGCAUCUUCAGUGCUUGGAACGAUGGGAAGAUUCGUGUGUUCACUCCAGAGACCGGGAAACUGAAUCUGAUAAUUCAUAAUGCCCACAGUAUGGGAGUGACUGCCAUAGCAGCAACCAAUGACUGCAAGUGGAUUGUCAGUGGAGGGGGAGAGGGACAGGUGCGAGUCUGGGAGAUAUUCCAGAAAUCCUAUCGACUCAUUGCGACCAUGAAGGAGCACAAAGCCAGAGUUAACUGUAUUAAGAUCAAGAGUAAUGACAAGGAAUGUGUGACAGCCAGCUCUGAUGGAGCCUGCAUCAUCUGGGACCUGGUGAGGUUCGGCAGGAAUCAAAUGGUCUUAUCCAACACCCUGUUCAGUGUUGUAUGUUACCACCCUGAGGAAUACCAGAUCAUCACCAGUGGCACUGACAGAAAGAUUGGCUACUGGGAGGUGUAUGAUGGUUCUGCAAUCCGAGAACUUGAGGGCUCCUUGUCCGGAGCUAUAAAUGGCAUGCACAUUUCUGAGGAUGGAAAACAUUUUGUGACUGGUGGAGAUGACAAACUACUGAAGCUCUGGCUCUAUUUCGAUGGCGAAGUGACCCAAGUUGGCAUCGGGCACAGUGGAAGCAUCACAAAUGUGAGGAUCUGUCCCAACAGCAGAUAUAUCAUCAGCACCAGUGCAGAUGGAGCUAUCCUAAGGUGGAGAUACCCACAACCCUCAUAGAUCCCUAAACAGUCAACAAGAUCAUCUAAUGCAGUUUGCACAUAUUCUUAAUAGUUAGAUAUUAAAUCUGCUGCGAUAUUUUUUAAGAGCAAAUGCAGGCCCUUUGGAUUUCAGUUACUAUAUUUAAACAUUAAUAUUACUAAUUCAUUUGUCACCAUAAUCUGCAAGAAAACAUUAUUGUAUAAUAAAGUAUUUUAAUGUCAUAGAACCGAAAAGAUAAAUGGUACCUUCCGCUCCUUUUACUUGCAAAUAAUUGUAGAACAAAUUAGGUUAUGAAUUCUAAUGAGAUUUAAAGGUACCAUUAAACAGUCCAACUCCAGUCAUUUCAUUGAAAUAAAGCAGCUUAGAGCCCCAGUUUCUGAGGACUUUUUGUGAACUGCACUGUCAGCUAAUAUAUCACCUGAGAAUCUCCAGAGAGCUGGCGGGGGAGGUUUGGAAAAGUACAGCAAGGCAUGAACCCAGCAUCUGGAUGUGCCUGUCCCAAAUUUCCUCUCACCUAUGAAGAAGUCUAAAUAAUGAAUAUCUUAACCCCUAACAGCAAGGAUUUUCAACCAUAUUGAGUCAGAUAUCAUUUUUUUGGAGGGAGCUUUGGCAAAGUGGUUUUGUAUGAGGUUUCAAAAGCAAUUUUGGAGAUCUAAUUAGUAACUAAAGAUACAUAUCAAAAUCUUCUGUAUCUACAAGUGAAUAUUAUGCCAUUCUUUGCAUUGUGACAGUUCAUUGGUUUAGCUCACACUGAAGGCGGCGCAGAUCAGACUAUCCAGUGACCUUGUUGUUGUUGAUUUAAAGAAAUAAAGUAGCAAAAUCACAA